AUGUCGCUGGAGAGUCGCGAUGACCUGGCAAGCGAGCUGCUGGCGGCGACACAGGAUGAGGUGGGCGAGACGCCGCUCUUCGAGGCCUUGGAAGGGCUCCUCGCGUUUUGCAUCACGGCCGCAGCGGUGGGCAACUCCGAGAUCGUAUCCCUGCUGUUGCUGAGCUCUGCGAAUCCGAACCACAUCUCGCAUCAGGAGAUGGUGGCAAGGUUCUCUGGUCGAGAAGUGGAUCCCAAGGAGACGGAGGCUGCAACUUCCACGUUGUCGGCCUCACUGCAAUCGCAGGUCCUGGACCACAUAGCUCGAACGAAUUCCCCUUCCGAUUCGAAAGCAGAAGCGCUCUCGCCACCACAUGGGCAACUAGAGCCAGCAACAGGUCCAGAAGACCAGGAGCCCAAAACCGACAUCGGACCUGUCGGGGACCCCUCGGAGCCGACAGGACAGGAGGACUCGGACCAUCCUCCCAGCCCGGCAGGGGAAGCUGAGUCAAAAGAGCCGGAGAUGCAGAGGUCGGCGAAGUCCGCAGGCGCCGUGCCCGAGCCGACCUCCCCAGGAACUCCGCGCGCGGAGCGGGAAGGAGCCGCGCAGGUUGGCAGUCUCACCGGCUCGACCGAUCCGGCGCUACCUGACCAAUCCGAGGAGCAAGAGGUUCGCCCACCUGAGGAACAGACCGAAGUCCGUCCCGAUGAGUCAGUCAAGGCAGGUUCGGCAACAGAGCCCGGGCCCAAGCCCCUGUCGUCUCUGCACGUCAUCGAGCAUUCGCCAAUGGUGGCGGUUCGAAGCCAGCCGUGGAUGCAGAGUCCUGUCAUCGCUCAUUUACGGCCUGGUCAACAUGUGAACCUCGGUGAAUGGGAUGCUACGCAACAGUGGCGGCGGGUAGUCUCCGAAGACGGGGGUUGGUUACCUGUGUGGCAUCCGACCUUGGGGUGCUUGGUGACGCUGGUCGGCGUAGAGGCAUAUCCGCUGAAGCGCGAUUUCGACCGCCUCCCUGGCCCCUCUGUAUCGGAGGUGUGGGAGGAGCUCUACAGCAAUGGCUGCCUAAAUGUACCUCCACCAGAGCAUACCGAAACCGGAGGUGGAGGGGUCGGAGGGACAAUGGCUGCCAAGGCCCUCAUGGAGGUCAUGACGAUGGGUAGGGCACAAACAUCCGAAGGCGAGAUGGCAUUGUCGCGCCUGUCGGCUCGCAUUGAGCCAGUCAUCAAGAAGCUGACGAAUGCCAGCUCUGGAAUACGUCCGGUCCUCGCAGGCCUGGCAGCCAUCGAGAUCCUCUCCAACAUGAGCUCUGCCUCCUUCCAGGAGCUUUCUGUCAAAGCCAUCCAGAGCCUGCUGGACCGCUCGACGCCCAGUGAAUGCUAUGCAAAGAACAAGAUGUCUAUCAACACCUCUCCCAUGCCGCUCGAGCACGGGAUACGCAGAUCUCUGCGCCAGUGCUUGCCAGUCAUGCAAUCGGUGCAGAACGAUGCCAGCAACAUGGCCUCUGAUGGCAAUCAGGAGAAGCACCUGGGCAUGGAAGCCCGCCUGCCCCGGACACCUGCUGGUGAAACGAAAUCGAAGAAUGCCCAGAUCUGGAAGGGCUUCGUACAGGGCUCUGUUGGCGCAGCGAUCGGCGGAUCCUGCGCGCAUCCCUUGGACUUGAUCAAGGUGCGGAUGCAGCUGCAGACGGAAGUUCCCAAGCUCAGCAUGUUGCAGAUGGGCCCUCAUAUUGUCAAGAAUGAGGGUGUCCUUGGCCUCUUCAAAGGUGUCGAUGCCUCGGCAGCUCGGCAACUGGUCUACAGUGGGGUCCGGUUCGGGAUGUAUGACAUGCUUAAGGGCUUCUGCGGCGAGUCCCAGAGGCCUCUCAGCACGGCAGAGAAGGUCAUUUGUGCGGCUGUGGCUGGUGCAACCGGAGCUUUCGCUGGAAAUCCGGGCGAUCUGGCAAUGGUACGAAUGCAGGCAGAUGGAAAGCUGCCAGAAGCAGAACGUCGGGGCUACAAAAACAUCUUUGAUGCGGUUGGCAAGAUCGCGCGUUCAGAAGGAGUUCUAUCCAUGUGGCGUACAGGAGUUGUGCCUAACAUGAAUCGUGCAACAAUAAUUACUGUCGGACAGCUGGCAGCGUACGACACCUGCAAGGAGGUCUUCGUUGACAAAUUCAAGAUGAAGGAGGGUGUCGGGCUCCAUCUGUCCUCUAGCUUCGGAGCUGCCUUCAUCGCCUCAGUGAUGUCCAAUCCUGUGGACGUGGCGAAGACCCGGCUGAUGAAUCAGAAAGCCGAAGAGGGCAAGCCUUUGCUUUACAGAAGUACGGUGCAGACGAUGAGCACGAUUGCGCAGCAGGAGGGACCUUUGGCCUUGUACAAGGGUUUUCCGGCCACCUUUGCUCGGCAAUGCCCUUACGUCGUGAUCACGUGGGUCACCGUUGAGCAGCUGAAAAAGAUCAUGAAGGAUUGGUGA